UUACAAUUGUGAGAGAUGGCCAAAGAAACGAUCGAAUCGACUUUAUCAAUACCAGCAUUUUAUUCUGGAAGAAGUAUAUUCAUUACAGGCGCAACAGGAUAUUUGGGAAAAGUGUUGAUAGAAAAGUUGUUGAGAUCGUGCCCCGAUACAAAAGAAAUAUUCUUAUUAAUGCGCCCAAAGACCAAUAUGUGCAUUGAAGAAAGACUCCAGCAGAUGCUGACAAGCUCGGCAAGUAAUAUAAGAGAAAAAUAUAUUUUGUUUGACAGAUUACGAAGCGAACAACCUCAUUGUUUCGAAAAACUGAUUCCAUUGAAGGGUGAUAUCGAAGUCGAGGAAUUGGGUUUGUCAUCUGCUGACAGAAACAUGUUGAUUGAAAAAGUAUCUAUAAUAUUUCACGUAGCGGCGAACGUAAGAUUCGACAAUACAUUGAAGAAAACUGUGCUCCUAAACAUUCGGUCGACAAGAGACAUCUGCGUUUUGGGCAAAAGUUUAAAAAAUUUGGUGGUUUUGGUGCAUGUCAGCUCGACUUAUACACAAGUUGAUAAACCCGUCGUCGACGAAAUUGUAUAUCCAAUGGAAAUCGAUUGGAGAAAAACGAUUCAAAUUGCCGAAACCGUGAAUGAUUAUGUCUUGGAGGUAUUUAAGUCAAAAUACUUAGGGACAAUGCCGAAUUCAUACGUAUUUACCAAAAGACUUGCAGAGCAAGUGAUAACUGAUUACUCCAAAUCAUUGCCAUGCGUAAUUUGCAGACCAUCUAUAAUUUCGCCAACGUUAAACGAACCUAUAAAGGGCUGGUUGGACAGCUUUGGCGGUCCAGUGGGGUUGAUUGUCGGUUGUGGAAAAGGGAUAAUACGAGUGUUUUACAAUAAUCCGUCUAUUUGUGACAACUUUAUACCAGCUGACAUCACUGUUAAAGCUAUGAUCGUUGCGGGAUGGAAACGUGGCGUGAUAAACAAGAACAACGACACGCAAAAUAUUCAUCCAUUCGUUUAUAACUGCACGUCCAAUCAUAGCAUGAUUCAAUCACGUUUAAAUACGAUACAAAUAGGCAACAAAACCGUCGCGGAGUAUCCUUUAGAAGAUAUAAUCUGGACUCCUGGAUUAAUUAUGACACAGAGUUAUUUUUGUUAUUAUAUAUUAGUGUUACUGUUGCACAUAAUACCGGCCGUAUUUAUAGAUGGAUUAUUACAAAUUGCAGGCAAAAAUCCCAGAUUACUGAAACAGCAAAGGAAAAUAUUCGUAAAUAUCAAUAACAUGACGCACUUUCUAUUUAACGAAUGGAAUUUUCGAAAUCAAAAACUAUUAAGUUUGUCAAAUGAAGUGCCGCCCGAUAAUCAACGAGAUUUUGGAUUUGCGGUAGAUUUAAAUUACAAUUACAACAAUCUAUUCUUAUAUUAUAGUUUGACUAUUAUUGUUAUUAUUAUUAUUUAUGUUAGUUUUGUUUUAAUAAAGAUGGACAAGAAUAUAAUUGAUCCAGCCAUGUCGAUUGCGACGUUUUACGCUGGACAAAGUAUAUUUGUAACAGGCGCGACAGGAUUUUUGGGUAAAGUAUACAUCGAGAAGAUAUUGCGAUCUUGCCCAGAUGUUCGUGAAGUAUUUAUAUUAAUGCGUUCAAAAAAAGGACUAAAUAUUUACGAAAGACUUGAAAAAAUAUUAAAAUUACCGUUAUACGAUAAGCUGCGAGAAGAGCAACCCUCAAAUUUCAAAAAAUUAAUUCCGCUUUACGGUGAUGUCAGUAAAGAGAAUCUAGGUUUGUCAGCUAUCGAUAGGCAAACGUUAACUGAAAGAGUGACUAUAAUAAUUCAUGUAGCGGCGAAUGUGAAAUUUAACGAUAGCUUAAAGUCCGCCAUUUUGAAUAAUACUAGAUCAACAAGAGAUAUCUGUAUCUUAGCUCAAAGUAUGAAGAAUUUAAUAGCACUAGUGUAUGUCAGUACAGCAUACGCGCAUGUGAAUAUUCCUAUCGUAGAAGAAAAAGUUUACCCACCUGUAGCCGAUUGGCGGAAAAUGAUCAAAGCAGCCGAAACAUUGGAUGAGCAUAUCUUGAAUAUCUUUACAGCUAAAUGUUUGGAAAAUUUUCCCAACACAUAUGUAUUCUCGAAGAAUUUAGCUGAGGGUGUAAUAAUGGAAUAUUCUUCAUCGUUACCUUGUGCGAUUGUAAGACCUUCUAUAGUGGCAUCUUCAAUAAACGAUCCAUUUCCAGGAUGGAUAGAUAACUUUAAUGGUAUAAUAGGAGUGCUCAUUGGUGGCGGGAAAGGAAUACUACGAGUAUCCUACACUAAUAAACAUGUUACUCUAGAUAUAACAGCAGUAGACGUUGUUAUCAAAUGUAUAAUAAUCGUAGCUUGGAAACUUGGAUUGACUACCUUUACGCCAAGUUCUGAACCUUUGGUUUUACAUUGUACUACUUAUGAUUUAAAAAGUAUGUCAACGCAAGAAAUUACCAAAAUGGGUUUUCAACUCGUAGAAGACAUACCCCUCGAGGGAGUUCUUUGGACCCCUAAUACAAUACUUACCAAUAAUUCCACCACACAUUAUGUAUUGACAAUAUUGUUGCAUAUGUUGCCAGCUAUACUAAUAGAUCUGAUUUUAAAACUUACGGGACAUCAGCCUAUACUAGUAAGACUGCAUAGAAAAAUAUACGUGGCCAAUCUCGCUCUGAAGCAUUUUAUGUGUAAUGAAUGGAAAUUUGAAAAUAAAAAAAGUAUGGAAUUAUUAAAGCUUCCACUUUCACCUAAGGAGAGGGAAGUAUUCUUAUGCGAUUUUUCGACUAUUGAUGUGAAAGACAUUUACAGGCACGGUAUAAUUGGAGCUAAGUUAUAUCUCCUUCGCGAGGACAUGAAUCGAUUAGAUGCAGCCAGAGCGCAUCGUAAAAGAGUGGAUCUGUUUGUUACGACGUUGAAAACUAUCAUCGUUAUUGGAGUGCUAUGGAUGAUGUAUAAAUGGACCUGCACUCGUUUAAACAUGAAGGAAGACGCAAAUAUGUUUAUAUCAGCAUUUUAUGCUGGUCGUAGUAUAUUAAUUUCGGGAAGUACUGGCUUUCUUGGCAAAGUUCUGUGUGAAAAGUUGCUGCGGUCUUGUCCUGAUGUUGCCGAAAUAUUUCUCUUGAUACGGCCAAAGAAGGGAUUGAGUGUCAACGAGAGGCUUCAAAAAAUGUUGAAUAACAAGCUUUUCGAUGUUUUACGAAGUGAGCGACCAUCUGCUCUUAAUAAGCUCAUUCCAAUAAACGGAGAUGUAGGUAUAGAGGGCUUAGGAUUGCUACCAGCCGAUAGAGAAAUGCUAAUCGAAAAGGUGUCCGUUCUAUUUCAUGUUGCGGCAAGCGUAAGAUUCGACGAAAGCCUGCGUGAAGCGAUUUUUAACAAUACGAGGUCAACGCGAGAUUUUUGUAUUCUAGCAAAAGAAAUGAAAAACUUAGUGGUUUUGCUGCAUGUUAGCUCGACGUACACUCAAACCGACAAAUCCGAGGUUGACGAGACUCUGUAUCCCUCAGAAUUGGAUUGGAGAGAGGCGAUUAAAGUCGCCGAAUCCGUCGACGAGCAUACUCUGAGAACGUUUACAGCAAAAUACCUGGGAACGAUGCCAAACACGUAUACUUUUACAAAAAGAUUGGCGGAGCAAGUAAUAAGUGAUUAUUCAAAGUCAUUGCCUUGCGUGAUAAUCCGACCAUCCAUUGUCAUUUCGUCAGCAGAAGAUCCAUUAGCAGGAUGGCUAGACAAUUUCAAUGGUCCAGUUGGAAUGCUUGUUGGCGGUGGCAAGGGUGUUUUACGAGUGCUGUACGUCGAUCCUAACAUCACUUCCGAUUUUAUGCCUGUGGAUGUUGCGAUUAAAGCGAUAAUAAUUGUGGCUUGGCAACGUGGAAUCAAACCCAUCACCGAGGACGAUACAAUGCACAUUUAUAAUUGCUCGUCGCAUGAUAUAAAGAGAAUAAGUAUAAAGAAUGUUGUCGAAAUGGGAUUCCAAAUAACGAAAGAUGUUCCCCUUGAAAAUAUUAUUUGGUCACCAGGCACUACAAUAAUUACGAGCCGUUCUUUUUAUUACAUACUGGUGUUAAUUAUGCACAUCCUACCGGCACUAUUCAUAGAUGGAAUUAUGAAGUUGUUUGGCGCACGUCCAAUCCUACUAAAACUUCAGCGGAAAGUAUAUUGCGCAAAUAAUGCUUUGUCAUAUUUUUUGAGAAACGAAUGGAAAUUUCACAAUAAAAAAUUAGUAAGCUUACUCGAUAAUCUUAGCGCCGAAAAUAAGAAAGAUUUUGGAUUUGCCUACAAAGAUUUGGAUAUAGCAGAUUAUUUUAGAAAUGGAUUGAUCGGCGCAAAAAUUUACUUACUUAAAGAAGACAUGAAUCAGCUAGAAGCAGCCAAGCUUCAUCGUAAAAGGAUGGAUUGGCUCAGUAGAAUAACCACGAUGUUGCUCGUCAUACUCGUCCUAUGGAUACUUUAUCGUAAAAACACGUUGUCUUACAUUUUAGAUUUUUUUAUACCUUUUUAUUCAAUGACAAUUUUAUAAAAAAAUUUAUGCUGAGAUUAUUCUUUGCAAUUUUCCAAACUGUCAAGUAUGUAUGCUUUAUAUUAUACAUUUACCUUAAUUAAGUAUUCUAGCAAUGAAAACAUUCAUAGAUGUGUAGGUUUAAUAAUUUUCUUGCUAUAGUCUUAUACAUAAUAUACAGAUUCACAUAAAAGGUUUGAUGUUACAUACAAUUAUAUCCGCAUAAUAUCUGUACACCUAAAUAUCUUAUUAAGAUUUGACAAAUAGAUAUACAUAGAAGGUGCAUAAAAGCAACACAUGUAUACAAACAUAUAAUAAUAAAAAUAACUUCAUGUUA